AUGCAACAACAGCGUCGACGUCCACCUGUUCCAGCAUCACCUAUAGCUUUGAAUAAUAAUUCUAGUCGACCAAUACGUCAAGCAAAUCGAAAUAUGCCAAUGACAGUGAGUCAAUGUUCUGGUUGUUCUCAACCAAUGUAUAAUCCACUUUUAUCAAAUGUUCUUGAUCGUUUAUGGCAUCCUGAUUGUGUUCGAUGUGUUGUAUGUCGAUGCAUACUUAAUGAACAAUGUUAUUCACGUGAAGGAAAACUUUAUUGUAAAGAUGAUUUUAUUAAAAAAUAUAUUCAUCGUUGUUUUUUAUGUCAAAAUUUAAUUCAAUCUCAUGAAUUAAUUCGUCGGGUUCGAACAGGUCGAAUUUAUCAUGCUGAUUGUUUUAUUUGUAUGAAAUGUAAACGUAUAUUACAAGAUGAUGAUAUAACGUCAUUAAUGCCAUCGGAUGGUUUACCAUUGAAUGAAAUGGAUUAUUUAUGUCAAACAUGUUCAAAAUCAAUUAAAUCUUCUACUGGAACAACGUCAUCAUCGAAUGCAGAUGAAGAAGAAACAACAGAUAGUGAAAUUUCAAAUACAACAAAUGGAAAAGUACAACCUAUUGAUAGACAAGUAUCAACAACAAUCAAUAUGAAUGUACCGCCUACUAAUUCUGUUCAAUCACCAGUAUUAAACACACCUAUUAUUUCAUCUAUUGAACAAUUAUCUCUUCAAUCGACAACUACAUUAGUUAUAGAUAACCAAAUAAGUCAAUCACAAUCUAUGCAAAUUGAUGAAGUUUCCACAUGUAAAACAUUAACAUCACCUGUUAAAACACAUUCAUCAUCAUCAAAUUCAUCUGCUACAGUUCCAUCCGAAACUCCUGAUGAAACAGUAACACCUCCACCGCCGCCACCGCCACCACCACCGCCACCGCCAACGAAAUCAACUGGUCGACCAUCAAAAGCUCGUCAAAAUAGUAGUAGUAAUAGUAAUAAACGAUCACCAGCUAAAUCAAAAGCAACAACACAAACAUCUCGUCAAAAACAAACAACUACUAAUGAAAGAAAAGGUCGUUCAUCAACAACAAGAUCUAAAUCAUCAUCAGCUACUUCAACAACUGUACAAACACGAUCAAGUAAUCGUCGUAAUACAAAAACAUCGCGUUAUCGUAAACGAAGCUUCUCAAGUGGUAGUGAUGAUGAUGAAACUGAAGACGAAGAUGAUGAUGAUGGUGAUGAUGAUGAUACAGAUUUUACUGAAGAGGAUGAUAUACGUGAUGAAGAAAGAGAAAAUAGCCGUUCGCCUACGGUUAAAACAAAAUCAUCUAAAAAUACAAAUGAGAAAAAAACUGAAUCUGAACCUAUACCAAAUACAACCGCACCAACAUCAACAGUAACAUCAGUUCCAAUACAAUCAAAAAUUUCUGAACCAUUAUCAUUACUUAGUGGACUUUCAUCGAAUCCUAUGUCUGUUUCAUCGAUUAUGAAAUCAGAUAUUUCAACAAAUUUUAUGCGUCCCAAUUUUAAUCAAAAUUUUCCAAUACCACAACAAUUUUUACCAACAAAUCAUCCAUUUCCACCCAGUUUUCCUUUACAACCAAUGCUUCCAAUACCACCACCACUACCAUCAGCUAUUUCUCAAUCACAACCUGCACCUAUAUCUGAUACACAUCGUUCAUCUCAUUCAACAAAUGUUUCCGAAGCAGACUCACUUGAUCAUUCAUCAAGUCCUUCACAAAUGGAUACGUCGACAAAUGCUGACUCAGGAAUGUCAACACGACCAACAACAAAUCCAUCAACCGGUACUCAAAAAUUAUCUGCUCUUUCUUCAUUACUUGAAUUUGGUAUAUUACCAUCAUCAAAUCUUGGCGAUAUACAUCCAACAUGUCCUCCUACAAAUCCCUAUCCAUUUCCAUUUGUUACUCCUGGUCCAGGUGUUCCAUUUUCACCUCAAGCAGCAGCUGGUAUGACUACUUAUUUUCGGCCAUCAUUUGGUGUUCCACCACCAACAACACCCGCCGAUGUAACUCAACAAUCAUCACCAUCAUCAACAAUAACAACAACAACAUUACCUCAACCGGCACCAAAAUCAAAUUCAACUCAAUCAAAAAAGAAAUCUACUGCUAAAAUAAAUUCAACUGAAGUUAUUUCACAAAAUAUACUUGAUGAACCAUCCUCACCUAAAAAGAAAGUUCGUAAAACUAAUCCACGUGGUAAAGGGAAAGCAAAAAAGAAUGAAACUGAUGGUGAAAAUGAUGUUGAUGAAGAUAAUUCAUCGCCACUACCACCACCACCACCAACAACAACAAAUAAAAAGAAAAGAAAAUUGAAAAAAGAUACGAAAACUAAUACAACUACAAAUGAUAAUGAUGAAGCAAAAUCUACGAAUGGACCUACAAACAAUACUUCGCAUAAUCUUCUCGCUCAAAUGGGUCUCAUUAAUAAUUCAUUUAUACAACCAACACCACCGCCACCGCCACCUCCAAUACAAUCGUCUUCCUCAUCGAAUGGUACAAAUCCGACGCCGAAUGCUCAACAACAAGCUCAAAUAGCAGCUAUGUACAAUAUGACACCACAUUUUGCUCCUUAUAAUACAUUUCCAGGUGCAUUCAAUCCAGCUUUUCCUGGUGCUUCUUAUCCAAGUAGUUAUCCACCACCGUAUGGUUUUCAUCCAGCAUUUGGUACUCCACCAACAAGUCAACCAUUUCCAUUUAUGCCAUCAACACCAACAUCAACUGCAUCUUCAAUUACUAGUACAUCAUUAUCAGCUCCUACGACAACAUCACCAUCGAUAGACGAUAAACCAACACCUAUUGUUGUACCUGAAACACGACCGACAAAAUCAAGAAGUAAAAGUAAUACUGGUGGAGAAAAGAAAAAACCUGCUACUCCUCGAGCAACGAAGAAAAAAGCAACAGUUACAACAGCACCAGCACCAACAACUGACAAUGAAACUACAACACCAUCAACAGUUUCAUCAACUGAAACAACAACAAAGACUACUACAACAUUAGAAUCAAUAUCAACACCGCCAACAACUAAACGACGAAUUAGUGGUACAGAAAGUGAAGAUUUUGAUGAACAAAAUGAUGAACAGCAACAACAACAACAACAACAACAACAGCAACAACCAUCACAAACAACGAAUGGUAAAUCAGGUAAUGAAUCAGAUGGUUCAAUAGGUGCUGAUCGUUCAUCAUUGAAUACUACACAAUCAACAUCUGCAGCACCAGAAAAAAAAGGUGGACGUACGACAAUAAAAUCACAACAAUUAGAAAUUUUAAAUAAAGCAUUUGAAUCAUGUGCUAAACCCAAUAAAACUCAACGCGAACAAUUAGCUACUGAUACUGGUCUCAAUUUACGUGUUAUACAAGUUUGGUUUCAAAAUAAACGAUCGAAAGAACGUAAAGGAAAAAUAUCAAAAGAAAAAGAAACACCUUUAGAUGAUGACGAUGGAGGUGAAGAUUCUCAACCAUCAUCACCACAAGCACCACCACAACCGCCACCGCCACCGCCGCCCCCAUCACCACCACCACCACCGCCAUCUGAAUCUGAAAUUGUAUCUACACCUACAGAGGAAUCUGCUCCUGAACCAACACUAGUCACUACUAGUGAAACGUAA